AUGGCGCUCCCGGAUGAACUUCUGGAGGAGAUCUUCCUCCGCCUCCCCGCGGCCGCCGACCUCGCGCGCGCCUCCGCGGCCUGCGUCUCCUUCCGCCGCGUCAUCACCGGCCAUCCCUUCCUCCGCCGGUUCCGCACCCUCCACCCGCCGCCCCUCCUCGGCAUCCUCUGCGGCGGCCUCAUCCCCGCCCAGCCGCCCCACCCUUCCGCCGCAGCGGCAGCCACCUACGCCGACGCCGACUUGUCGUGCUCCUUUAUGCCCCCACCCCGCGACCGCUGGCGCCACCGCGACGUCCGCGACGGCCGCGCCCUUUUCAGCCCCCGCCUCAGGGAGGGCAGCGAUCCGUUCAACAGCAUGUACAACCCCCGCGACCUGGUCAAGGAGUUCGUCGUAUGCGACCCCCUGCACCGCCGCUACCUCCUGCUGCCUGCCCUCCCCGACCAUCUCGCCGAUCUGGUCCACCAGCUGGACAUCCUGGAGUGCGAGCCCUUCCUUGCUCCUCCCGGCGACGACGAGGACUCGUCAUUCAGAGACUUCAGAGUCAUGUGCCUGGUGCGGUGCACAACCAAGCUCGUCCUCUUCGUCUUCUCCUCCUGCGCCGGGCAAUGGCUCGCUGAUCCCAUCACGUUUGACGUGUUUGGGUGCGUCGUGGCGUUGCGCCGCUACUACGCCCAUGCAUGCUUCUGUUGGCAGGUUUGUUAUGAAGAUGACGCCGACAUGCUCGUGCUCGACACGCGCAGGAUGGAGUUCUCCACUAUCCACCUACCACCUCCACCUGGCUCUUAUAUGAGGGACAUGGCCAUUGUGGAGGCAGAAGAAGGAAGGUUUGGGAUGUUUACCAUUUCUGAUCAAGUUAAACGUGGUGUAUAUCAUCUCUUGUAUGCCACACGAUGCAAGGAUGGGAAUGGGGCAAACCAGUGGCAACCCAAGCCUCCAAUCUCUUUGCCGGAAAAUUAUCGCUAUUGCAUCAAGGGUGUAGCUGGUGGAUACUUACUCCUAACUGGGUAUCCAAAAGAUGAUAGGCCAACGAUAGACUAUUUUUCACUGGAUCUCCAGACUUUCCAGGUUGAAUGGUUCUGUCAGACUGGUGAUUAUGUCAUGAUUGGUCACCUGUAUGCCGAUCUCCCACCGUCCUUGUCCCCACCAACACUUUGAAGUGGACUUCGUUCAGAGAAAUAUGCUGAUGGCCAGGACUCAAGCAAGUGUGACUGAUGGCAUGUUAAGGAGAAUAAAUGCAAGAGCUUCUGAAAGGGCAAAUAUUAUGCCGAGAAACUAUGAUGCCUUUUGAGCUACUGAAGAACAAGAAGCAUGCAGUGGAUAUCCGUCGGAUCAACCUUCUUUUUCCUAUUGAAGAUUCAAUAUCAUUUCUGCUACUUGUGCUUAUUAUGUAUCCAUCGCCAGAUUGGCUCCCUUAAUUGUAUAGUGUCAAGCUUCAGUAGUUUGUGCUGAACUACAUGGUGGCAUGCUCAUCUCAUGCAAAAUGCAUUUGUAAGAUGUUUGUACAAGUUCAUGGAGGAUGCUUAUAUCGCUUUUACUGCAAAGCUGCUUUUUAGAUCCAA